AACCAGUGGAGACCUAGGACUGAGUGUAGGAUACGCCAAAUGUAAGAUAUUUUUAACGUUGCUUUUCUUUUUUCAGGAUGCCAUUACAUCGGAAAACUGAGAAUACACUUCAAUACAGUAGUGUGCAUAGCGAGUUUUAAUCGUAAUAAACCUGCCUUCCGCAUAUGUAGCGCGACUUUCAGUUCGUAGUUACUGUACCUCAUAAAGUUACCACCAUUUUGUAAAAUUUUUUUUAAAAAAAUUAAUGUGGCUUUUAACAGGUUUUUCAUCUUUCUGGUUUAAUUCUUGUUCGAAAGGUUACGAGAGUAAUAACAUAUUGUGUCCCGAGUGCGUUAUCGUACUGUACUGUAUUUCAUUACUAUGGUCAAGUUAGUUAUAGCUCAUUAAUGUAAACCGUAAAGGUAACCGGCCUAUGGUGAAGGUCCUAGUUCUGUAUUCAUGUGCAGUUAGACGGGUUAGUACAUAAACGCUUUAUCCCAACCGUUAGGCCGGAAACGCAAAGAUGGUCAUGAGCAAGUUACGAACGCGUGCCGCGUAGUUGAGUUGCCACUUGCCAGUACUUGCUGGUUGGUUACAGUAAGUUUGCAUGCUAUCAAGCAGGCUUAAGUUUGGUUUUGAUAAUUGAUCAUUCAAAUAAAAAUUUUCAAAAAGUUUGCAGAAAAUAUCUGGAGAAAGUAUCAAUAGCGAGGCCCACUGUUGGGCCAUCAGACUGUCAGUCGGAACAGGUCCCGCUGUCCCAACAAAGUCCCGUUCUCGGCCGUUACUGCGCGUUCAUUUUUACAGGACGCUUGCUGUUGGCAGUGACCGGCUGAGACGCUUGCUGAGACGCUUGCUGUUGGUCGAGCGUUGGCGGGAAAAAGUAUUUUCAAAUUUGUUUUUAAGUUUGCCGGGACGGGAUUGGGAUUUUUUGGUUGUCGGGGCUCGGGAGCGCGAACGGGUGUAGCGGAUGGGGAGCGGAUCAGUACUACUAGUAUCAAAAUCCAACGUGAUCAUGAAAACGUGGCGACCUUCCGGGAACGGCAUCAGCUAAGACAGAUCAAAAUUGUUCUUUGUAAUCCUAUUCCGUUGUUUCUUGGCGCUAUGUCAUAUACGUUUUUGACUGAUUUAUUCAAGAAUAUGGGCAGUUUAACUUGAUGCUCGCAAAAUUGUCCAUUUCUGCAUCCGGAUCAGAGAACCAGAGCAGAACGGAGGAGAAAUGGAGAAUGGUCAUGCAAUCUGACUGACCGUCACCCUGUACCAAGUUACUACCAACAUCGCUGACGAGUACUAACCGCCCGUUUGGUAGUUAGAAUGACUGAGUCACCACACUCCGCCUCAGGGCGGAGUCAAACCGCCUGUCAUAGGGUGAAUCGAUAGCACCAACGAAUAGUAUUAACCCUGCUCGAGUUCUUUUUUUUGAUUCGCUGACGGCUUUUGAAUCUGUGUAAGCGCAGUCUGUAAUGGCGAAUACAACAGCCUGCGUUCGGUAAGUGUUCGCCAGUAGGUGAAUUCCAUUACACGACAACUUUAAUGCAGGACUACCAUUAAUUUUCUUUCGUGUUUUCAGUGUCUUGGGAAGCAGCUUAAAUGUUGUCGUAAUUGUUGCCCCUUUAAGUAGACGAUAAUAUUAUUAUCUUCCCUAAUUUGCAGUUGUUUUUGCCCAUGCUAUAGACGUCUCUUUUAUAGCACUGAUAGGACCUGGCUGUCAAGCUAGGAUGGGGACCGAAACCUGUCAGACUGUUAUGGAGAGACCCGCUUACUGCAAAGAUCUCUUUGGAGCGAAGAAGUGCAGGGAAAGUGUGCAGAAAUGGUUAAAAGAGCAAACGGAAAGGGAGCUGCUUGGCAGUCGAGAGAAAAUGAUCAGUCGUUGGGGCUUUGAUCCGAUCAGUGGAUGUCCCGUAGCGCGGACCAGUGGAACGACUGAAGGAACCUUGUCCACGUGGGAUGUGAUCGAAGUGACCAGGAUUGCUGGUCUGUAUGCUCCCUUACUGCGUGAGAGUAGGGAGACAACACAGCCACCCCAGUGUACCCUUCGAGACGAUGACGAUGAGGUGAUAGAGAUUGUGGGGGCCUCCAUCCCGGUCAAAGUAGGCGAUCUGCCGUUGCCCAAGCCGGUUGUAAAGAAAGCGCCUAAACAAGGCACAUUAGCAGAUUUCUUGCGAUCCCGACGUUCAGCCCUGAAAAUGGAAGGAAUAGGCAAGCGAAAGUCUGUCGACGGAGACGAUGAUUUUCCACGCUCACGAAGGGUAUCGCGUCCGGCUACUGAAAUGAAGAAAAAGGCGCUGCAGUGAGGGAUUUUUGCUGCUGCCAUUGAAACUGCGGUAGCACCGUUUGGAAUUGUAUUUCGUGAAGUGCUGUCUUUGUCGGUGGUGUGGAUUACGUGAUCUCGGUUGGAGAAACUUUUAACGAUUAUUGGCAUCCUGUUUUUCGCUUUUUUCGAUAUAGUAGUAAACGUUACUUACGAUAAUCUUUUGUUUGAACGGUUCUGAUUGUAUUUUAUCCAGUUUUAUUUUUUCAUUUUGGCUAUUGUUUGGUCGUGUACAUACUAAAAGCUCCUCUGGUGUCAGUAUCAGCUAAAUGAUACGCUCAAGCUAUUUCCUGUAUUAACCCACCCGAGUAGUAUAUGCAUCUAAGUACUGAGAUUUAACAGCGUCGUUGACUACUAGGGUAUAUGUUGCUUGUUAACGCAGCAUUGUUGGUUGUUUUAACUAGAUUAGGUUCAUUUCCUUACUUGUCAACUAGAUUUAGUUUGACUGUGGCUUCGUUGAUACUUCUGUUCCUGUUUUCGAAUGGUCAAUGAGUUGUAUUUUUCUGUAAAUCCAAAAUAAAAAUCUAAACCAUG